UUUCUCUUUCAUAUUCUUUUCAAAUUCAGCCUCUUCUCCGUUAUCUAUCCUCAAAUCCCAAAACCCCCCAUUUCCACUUCUCUCACCUCACAUUUUGCUUAAAAACUCCAUCUUUGAACUCCAAAAAAAAAAAAAUCCAAAACACUUCAGAUCACAAAAACCCCAUUUCCACUUUCCCUUUUUAUACUUAGAUCUCCACUUCUUUCAUCUCACAUUUGCUUAAAAAUUCAUACUUUGAACCUAAAAACCAAACAAACACCUCAAAUCUCAAAAACCCCAUUUCCACUUUCCCUUAUUAUACUCAGAUCUCCACUUCUUUCAUCUCACAUUUGCUUAAAGAUUCAAUCUUUGAACCAAAAAACCCAACAAAUACCUCAAAUCUCAAAAACCCCAUUUCCAAAUUCCUUUCUUAUACACAAAUUUCCACUUUUUUCACCUCAAGUUUGCUUAAAGAUUCAAUCUUUGAACAAAAACAAGAUUCUUGAUUUUCAGAUGACUUAUGUGAGAUGAAGGAAAAAACACAAACACCCAUUUCCUCUUUAUAUUUUCUCCUCUUUUUAUCCCUUUCUUUAUUAAGUUUAGCCUUUUCUCAGCUCACAAAUGCAGAGUUCAAAGUCUCAAAAUCUGGCCCUUUAACUGAUUUUGAAGCUCAAUACAUCAAACACAGGCAACUUUUGUACUACAGAGAUGAAUUUGGUGACAGAGGUGAAAAUGUCUCAAUUGACCCUUCAUUUGUUUUUGAAAAUAGCAGAAUCAAGAAUGCAUAUAUUGCAUUACAAGCAUGGAAACAAGCCAUAAUUUCAGAUCCUUUCAAUCUUACUGCAAAUUGGGUGGGUCCUAAUGUUUGCAACUACACCGGAAUCUUCUGUGCUCCGGCACUUGACAACCCCAAAAUCCGUACAGUCGCCGGCAUUGACCUUAACCACGGCGACAUUGCAGGGUACCUCCCAGAAGAACUUGGCCUUCUAGUUGAUCUUGGAAUUUUCCAUAUUAAUUCCAACCGUUUUUGUGGUACAAUACCAAAAAAAUUCAAGAAUUUGAAGAUAUUAUUUGAGUUGGAUUUGAGCAACAACAGAUUUGCUGGGAAAUUUCCUUAUGUGGUACUAAGUUUACAUAAGUUAAUAUUCUUGGAUAUAAGGUUUAAUGAGUUUGAAGGUAAUGUACCUUCACAACUUUUUGACAGACCCUUCGACGCCAUUUUCAUCAACCACAACAGAUUCUCGUUCGAAUUACCCGAUAAUUUUGGGAAUUCGCCGGUUUCUGUUAUAGUACUCGCGAACAACAGGUUCCACGGUUGUCUCCCCGCGAGUAUUGGUAACAUGAGUAAUCUGGAAGAAGUUAUUAUGAUGAACAACGGGUUACGUUCUUGUUUGCCUACAGAAAUCGGAAUGUUGAAGAAUUUGACGGUGUUUGAUGUUAGUUUUAAUCAAUUGAUGGGUCCGUUGCCGGAGAAAUUUGGCGAAUUGGUUAAUUUGGAGCAGUUGAAUGUUGCACAUAAUAUGCUAACAGGGUCUAUUCCGAAGAGUAUUUGUCAACUGCCUAAGCUUGAGAAUUUUACAUAUUCUUAUAACUUCUUUACUGGUGAACCGCCGGUUUGUUUGAGAUUGGCGGAGUUUGAUGAUCAACGGAAUUGUUUGCCCAACCGGCCGGUUCAACGGUCCCCGGCUCAAUGCAAGGCGUUUUUGUCUAAGAGGAUUCAUUGUGAUGCUUUCAAAUGUAGGAAAUUUGUUCCGGCUUUGCCACCUCCUCCGCCGCUUUCACCACCUUUGCCUGCCCCUCCUCCACCUGUUGUGGUGCCUAUAUCUCCUCCACCGCCAGUGUUUUCUCCCCCACCACCGGUUUACUCGCCACCACCGCCUCCACCACCGGUUUACUCGCCUCCACCACCUGUUUACUUGCCACCACCUCCGGUUUACUCACCUCCUCCACCGAUUUAUUCCCCACCUCCACCGAUUUACUCGCCUCCACCACCGGUGUAUUCGCCUCCACCACCGGUGUAUUCACCUCCUCCACCUAUUUAUUCGCCGCCGCCGCCACCACCGGUGUAUUCACCACCGCCACCACCACCUGUUUAUUCACCUCCUCCACCAGUUUUCUCUCCACCGCCACCAUCACCUCCUCCACCAGUUAUGUCACCACCACCGCCGACUNUUACCACCAGUUAUAGGAGUUUCAUAUGCUUCUCCUCCUCCACCCCCCUUCUAUUGAUUCUUUAAGAAAAUUUCUCUCUAACUCUAUCCUUAAAACACAAAAUUAUACCUACAGUAGAUUGAAGUUGUGGAGAAUAAAUUUGGCAAAGAAAAGAUUGCAACUUUGCAGGGAAAUUGUAUUGUAUAGAGACGAUCAUAAUCUGGACUAGAAAAGCCAGUUUACAGUGCUUGUUGUAACUGGUUUCCCCUUUUUUUUUGGUGAGUUUUAUUGUUAUUAUCCAGCUUCUUUUUUUUCUUUUAACCUUUUAAUGAAUCAUACUUUGGUUUCUUUGUCUUUUUUUUGGUCUUCCAUAAUAAUAAUAGUAUAGUGAUGAGCAUUUUUUAUUUGUAUUGAUUCUCAGAAUUCAGAUCAGUCCCUUUCUAUUUUUAA